AUGGACCGCCUCGCAAAAAAGAACAUGGCGAGCGAAGGUCUGGUCUGCGCUGACACCAACGUCGUCAAUAACCCCAAUAGUGACGGUCUCUGUGGAGUUUCUGGCAUCGACAAGUUCGCCAAAUUCAAACUAUUCUACGAGAGUGAAAAAGAUUACUCGGGUGCCUGCUUCGACGAUGCCGCUUUAUCGACAAACAUGCCGCAGGGGUUCUCCUCGUGGAAUGAAAGUUAUGACUAG